GGGACUGGACCUCUCUACCUGAGGAACCUUUAGCCGCGCGCUCCUCCACGAUACGCGUCCAGGGGCCCGCUACCUGCCUUUCGGGGACACGAGGGGCCCAGAACGAAGAAAAAAAAACGGACCGGUGAUCCGCCAACGUCCGACCACGAACGGUCCGUUUCUACUUUACCGCGGCGAUCCGUUUGCACGGCGAUCCCGCACGAUCGGUUCGCAACGAUCCAGCCCGCGGGAUUAAACGGUCAAGGACAGGGAACGAAAGGAGAGAAGCGUUAAGGGACUGUUGACGAGUGGAGGAGGGCAAGUGCGCGCUGAAUAGACGUGUCGCGUGUGCAUUCGAAGAGAGUUAUGAGCAGGGUGACAGUUGCCGUUGAGGAAGGAGACGGGACGACAUGCAGCUCGAGCAUGGCCUGGAGCGGGACAACGACAGCAAGAUCGUUGGAGCAGUGAAAGGAACGUGGUCGUACUAUUUGUACGACGCGACGCGUUCGAUCCUCUUUUCGAGGGGACGUCGAUUGCCAAGUGUCUUGACCGCGACAUGUUCCAGCCGCGCGCUGUCCGUUGACUGUUACGAGCAUACGUCGUCUCUGGUGACGUUCGACGAUCGUCAGGUCGCGUCGAACGCGCGAAACGUGAUCUACCGCCUCGAGGAAUAACCGAGAAAUCACGUAGAAACCGUACACGCUGCAAUUUACUGCACUUGGGGUGUCCGAGCGACUGUUACUAAAAGCGUGCUGUGUCGUUUUGUUUUCAUUCGUUCCAACCUCGCGUGUCGCGCGUCAUCGUUGGAAACCUUUUGCUGUUGGACCAUUGGGAAAUCGCUCUCGGACGUACCAUCGGCCGAUUUCCAUCGACGACGUCCCCGCACGUGGCCCAUCAACCUCGAUCAACCUCGGUCAUCGUCUUGGACGUUGUCGCGGUUGUGGUGGUGGUGGUGGUGGUGCAUGGACCUUUUCUCGACGGAUUUGCUACGCAUUUUAUCGCGCCCCGGGGCGUCUUCGUUUUCCUCUUCUGGUCGUUCUCUUCCCUCUUUCUCGUUCUUGUUCUCUGCCGGUCCGCGGUGUGUGUGACGUCUCCCUCCGCCCCGCGCUUACCUACCCCUCCACCUGUCUGCCGCGCCGCUGCACACCCUCUCCUCCCUCCGUCAACCCUGCUCGCACGGCCGCGUAUCCCUACGAUUUUCCUUAUCCCCACCUUCCUCGCGCCACCUCUGCCUUCCGCACGCGUUUUCUUUAUUUAUUCCGCGAUUCCACGGAGCAACGCGACGUUACCGUACGCGAUGAUUCCCGCGUCCCUUCUUUCCACGACGUUUUGAAAUCGCCUCGCGCCGUCACGGACACGGUAUUUUGAUCGCACGCUCGCCGUCGACGAAUCCGUUCGGUGCUCGUCCGCUCUCGACGCGACCGUCCUCGUAAAAUCCACGAUAAAAAAACUCCCGCUUCUCCGUCGUCUUCGUCUCUUUCCGUUCCACCGCCUCCUCCUCCUCCUCCUUCUUCUCCGUCUCGUUCGGUCCGAUCAACCUCGUCGUCGUCCGUCCUUGGACCGUAAAACGCAACCGCGCGAAACAACGAUGCAAUCGCGGUACCCGAUCGCUUGGUGAAAAUCGACCCGCGUCGUCCGGUGACUCUCGAUUUUCCCGCGCGGUCGAUCCCCGUGGAACGUCCGAUCGGCGCCGAUCGGGCCACGGACUCCUCGCCACCUACCGUCGACGUUAACAUCGCCGGCGUACCGGGCAUCGUCGUUAUAACACCGGCAAUCAACUGUCACCAUCUGCACCAUCGCCGAUCACGUGGCUUGCUCGACGGCGACGCUGUACGACAAUGUUCACGCCGCGCCGCUGUGCGGCUCCGGCGUGGGCCACCCUGGCUCCGUCACGCCGAUGGGGACAGCCACCGGAGCGGGGAAUUCCACCGGGGUGACCUGGUGGGCCAUGAUGAACGGUUCCCUCUACGAGGACAGCCCGCCACCGGUCCCACCUUCCGCCUCCAGCCUCGUGUCGAUCCAGCAACAACAACAGCAACCGACCUCGACGCCUGGCUCGCACCAGCAAGCCACGACACCGACAUCGCCUUCUGCACAAGCAUCCUCGGCAACGACAGCGCCACCGGCACCAACGGCCAGCGCCAGCUCGACCUCGCCGAGCGCCUCCUCGGUGGCGAGCAACAGCGCGCCUGGUCCUCUUCACAUACCCGCCAAGAGGUUGACCGCCACGCCGGCAGCUUCCUCCUACGGGGAAGUCGGCUGCGUCGAGUCAUCGGCACCGCCCGCCGCUGGACCAGCGGGCGUCAUUCGUCAUUCCCACUCGUCCUCCGCUGGCUCCCAAGGCGGCUGGAGCUACAGCCCCCAUCAUCCCCAGGACUCGCACUACUCGUCAGCCGCGACCGCCAGUGACACCCUCAAUCACCAUCAGACUUACGGGGGAAACAAUCCCCCGACCUACUACAACCUGGCGGCGGACCCUACCUCCACUUCCGGCUCCUCCAGGGACAACCGGAAAGCCGGCACGCUCAGCUUUUGGUCACCGGCAGCGGCCACCGCCGGAUCGACCGCCACCGGCGGUUCCCCGUCCGAUUACAAGUCCUACAACUCGGUCGGAGUAGCCUCCACCAGCUCCUCCACCGGUGGCUCAUCGUCCGUUGCCACGGGGGCCACGGACCCGGCCGUCUCCUGCCACCAGAGCUUCUCCCAGAGCUGGUGCAACUACGCCCCGUACACCACGGCCAGGCAUCAUCACCCGGUGGACACGGCCGGUCAUCAUCAUCCUCACUCGCAACCCGGGGUUCCAUACUUGACGCCGUCCGCGGCGGACGACCGGGGCAGGGUCACUGCCGCCAUGGUCGCCGCCGAAGGAGCCUUUCCUCACGACGGAUACGGUGGCCUCAGGAAUUACGGGGCACCGGAGCCAGUCACCUCCAGUCCGUACCCACCUCCAGUGAUGUGGGGUUCCUCCCCAUCCUCGUUGUUUUCCGCAGGUUCCCUGGCGGGAGUCGGCGUCGGCGUCGGCGUGGCUGGGAUGGGCGUCGGUUGCGGGAGCUCUAACCCCCUGGAGUGGACCGGGCAGGUGACGGUGAGGAAGAAACGCAAACCGUACUCGAAGUUCCAGACGCUCGAGCUGGAGAAGGAGUUCCUGUUCAACGCGUACGUGUCGAAGCAGAAACGAUGGGAGCUGGCGCGCAACCUGACGCUGACCGAGCGACAGGUGAAGAUCUGGUUCCAGAACCGUCGGAUGAAGAACAAGAAGAACAGCCAACGGCAGACGCAGCAGCAGAACAACAACAACAACAACAACAGUAGCGCGAACAACGCGAAUCAUCACGCGGCGACCGGUAGCCAUCAUCAUCCGAGCGCCGCGCAUGCGCCUCCGUCGAGUCACCACGUGGUCGCGCAGGCGCACCACGCGAACGGUUCCGCGAAGCAUCAUCAGUGACCCGUGGCCUUCUCUGGGGUCGUGUUCGGCCAUCAUCAUCACAACCACGGGACAGCGAACGGGUGUACCGGGACUGGGACCGGUACCGGAAGCGGCAACGGUCACUCGAGCCUGGUCACAGGUCACAGCCAUACCCUUCACGCGCCCCAACCUCAAACGCCUCUAGCGACCCACGCAACCGGUGCAUCGAACACCGUCACGCCUCCCACCGCCAUCGUUCAUCCUCACAUUCACGCACACGCUCAUCAUCAUCAUCAGUUGGCGCACGUGGCCCAGCAGUAUCCAGCGCUUCUUCAUCAGACGCCCCAUGGUCUGGCCGCCUGAACACCAUCCGAAAUGGCAACGGACGCCCCAGAGAAAACCUCGUCGACGAGCCGCCAUCCACCCCCGAACCGGCUCGUCCACGGAACCCACUCGUCGUCGCCGGAGAACGGCGGCGGCGACCUACGCCCGGAUAGAUAGACA